AAUGCACUCGCUCUUCUACAUUCUCUGUAGCGUAGUUUGUACAACAAAGUGUCAGUUUCGGUAAUAGCACUAUAUAUCACAUUUAUAUUAGGAUACAGUUGUAUGAAAUGCGGAGCAUAAUUUCAAUUUAAAUUACGAGAGGUGGUAAACCUAUGAAUUUUAAUAAAAACGAUGGACACUACUCGUCGCGAUGUUGUUGUAACAGGUUUUGGCCCUUUCCGACAAUAUAUUGUGAAUCCAAGCUGGGAGGCUGCUAAGUAGGGUUUGAAGAUGGUGGGACUUGGAAUGGGCAUAGAGGUCCACAUUAAGGAGAUUCCAGUCAGUUAUGCAAAAUCCCAACAAGUCCUUGAUGAUAUCUGGCAGAAGAUAACUCCAAAGGUUGCUGUGCAUUUGGGCAUAGCUCCUGGAGCCAAAGGCAUCACAGUGGAGCAAACGGGGAAGAACCGCUGUUACAAGGACAGAGAUGUGAGUGGUCUUUGCCCUGUUAAUCACUGCUGCAUCGAGGGAGGACCAGAAAGGAUGGACUCUUUCAUAAACAUGAGGUCCCUUAGCAAGCUUUUAAAAAGUAUGGGACUUGAUGUCAUAUACUCCAGGGAUGCUGGGAGGUACCUGUGCGAUUUUGUAUACUACUAUUCACUGUAUCAUGGACAGAGAAAGGCUGUCCUGAUCCAUGUGCCAGCCUCAGGUAGCCUGGCAAGCCCAGAGAGACUGAUACCACAACUCCAGACCAUCAUCCAGGUUUUGUUACACCAGCUGGACACCCCUGAAUACACAACAUCUGGCUAUGUGGGCAACACACAGGUAGAAAACCCUGGAGACAACUUACUCCACAAAGCAUAACCCAUGAUGUAAAUUACAUGAUGAAAAUGCAAUAAGUUACACAGGACACAGGCCUUCAGACUCGUUCAUUUUUUUUAAUUCAAAAUUUAAGAAAAAAGAACAUACAUGAAAAUUCAGAUAUACAUUAAGCCAGUGGCAUGUAAAAAGUCUACCAUCUCAACUGGAGGUGAGGAGAAAUUUGAAAUAAAAACAGGAGGCCUUAGAUACAUAACUUACAUGAAGACAAGAGUACCAGCCAAACCAUUUCACCAUCAGUUUCUACCAAUCAACGCAAUGAUAGAGAUUUUUAUUUUUCCUCUUUUUUUUUUUUUUUUUUGUGAAAGGAAAAUAAGUGUUAUUAAACUCUCUUCAGUACAGUAGAUCAAGGCCUCUUUUGAAAUUUGUCAGAAUGCCAAGCAAAAACAACAGUGCCUGGGAAAUGAUGUGAAACCUCAAGUUCAUUAUUGCAAUUAGAAUGCAUCCAUGCAUCUUUUUUUAAACCUGAGGUUUUGCAUUAUGAAGAAAUAUCAUAAAAUAAUAAUAAUAAUGGUUCUUGGUGAUAGUUGAGGAAAAAAAUCUUUCAGUCUAUCUACCUUCAGGUUUGAAGAGAACUUGCAUUGCAACAAGCUAUUUCUACUGUAAACUUGACUUUUUUUUUUAAUAAAAAAAAAAAAAAAAAAAAAAAAAAA